CACUUAGCCCAGCCCAGUGGCCAGCUGGCCAACUGCAAGCUCAGCUCCAGUGCUGGCGCUCUGGCCCAGUUCUCCCACCAGGCGUCAUCGGUCGAGGAGGGUCCGGGCCAGGCCAAAAGCGAGUCUGCCUCUAGAAAUCUGACCAUUCCCGUGGUACUGUUUGGCUUUCUGCAUGGCAGCUUAUUCGGCUCAUCGCUUUCGCUGCGCAAUACCCGGGUGGCCCCCACAAACCCUGCGGACCUGGAGGCCGGCCAAGAGGACCCCAAUACGGAUAACUUUGAGAGGAACAGCACGAUGACGCUGCCAGUGCCCACCCAGCGCCGCAGUGCCAGUCCGAGUCCGAGCUCGGGAAGUGGUCGGACGGGUCGAUUCUUUGCAGCCGCAUCGCAGUUCCUGGAGACAGGAUUCUCGCACAGAUCGGCUGCUGCUGAUGGUGGGCCGAACGGGUCCUUCGGUGUGGCAAAUGAGGAAGAUGAGCCGCGCUGCACGCAGCUAACCAAUAGACACAAGACGGCCAUUCGGUUCAUUCGCAAGCUCAAGUACUUUGUGGCACGGCGCAAGUUCAAGGAGGCCUUGAAGCCGUACGAUGUCAAGGAUGUCAUGGAGCAGUACGCAGCUGGCCACGUGGACCUGUUGGGUCGCGUUAAGAUGCUUCAUUUGCGUUUGGAUCAAAUCCUGGGCAAACAAGGAUCCAAGGCCAAGGACGUCUAUGCAUCUAAAAUAAGUUUAGCCUCCCGUGUGGUUAAAGUCGAGCGACAGGUCGCUGACAUAGAAGAGAAGCUGGACGUGCUGAUCAAAGCCUACAUGGAGGAUCGUGAUAGAUUCUUGGCCCUACCCCUCCCAGCAAAGCCCAGCAAAAUACAUUCCAUUAGCCCUAGCCACAAUCCCCUGCACCACACUCACAACCUGUCGAUGAUCGAUGUUUGGAAGCGCACCGCGGCACUGAGUGUGCAUCCAGAGCACACACCGACCGCCACUUCGGCCACAUCCACGGAUGGCACAGAGCUGAGGGCGCUCACCUCCACGCAGACAAUCACAACGACAACCGAUGUGAUCGCCACGCAAACCCCGAUGCCGCCUCACACGCAGCAUACAUCGACCAAUACCAAGUCUUCCGUGCUUAACUCAUAUCAGCUGGGGUCUGAGAAGCAGCAGCACAAUGAUGUUUUUAUGACUGAAUUAGAUAAUAGGACCAAGAAACGUGUUACGUUAAGCCUGCAUAGAUCCACAUCGGAGCCAUAUAGCAAGCAGGAACAGCGCAUUAGUAUACCAGACGAGGGAGCACAAUCCCUGGAGUGCGCUGCAAAGGCAACGCCGCCAGAUAGUUCAAUUAUCCUUAUCGACGAGUAUGAGGACUUCGAAGAGGAAGAUCUGAACUGCGAGGGCGAAAUGGAACAUUUCCCAUCGUGGGAGAUCGACAGCGACAUUGGGGUCGACGUGGAUGUGGAUGCUGACGGUGACGGUGACUGUGAUGAGUCCACUGAGGACACGGCCCUGCUGCACUGUGCCACGCGCACCGCCAUUGUUAUUACACCAAUUAGCCCAGUAAGCUCCGCACACAAUCUUCAACAGUUAAAUGACCAAACUACAACGCUUAAUAAAUCAAAUUUGCUUCCGCCAGACUCUGGCUAGUUAAUUGCA